GAUGUUUGCAAAUAACCAAAAGCUUUUGUAUCUUCUCAAUCAUGGUGAAACAUUCACACAGAGUGAAGCUGCUGCUUUACUUUCUUCUGCUGUUAAUCUGUAUCGUUUCCAAGAUGUUCAUUUGAGAAGAAUGUUUCAUCUAAUUGCAAGGGAUCUUUGCCCUAUUGCAAAUGAGGUUCCUCUGGUCACUAGUUUGUUGCUUAAAGACGUCGACACCGACAAUGUUGCAUAUCGGGCAAAUGUUAUCCGUUUGCUAUGUCAUAUUACAAAUGACACAUCGUUAAGCCAAGUUUUGAAAUGCCUCAAGGAGGCUAGAUGUGACGACAAUCCUAUGGUUAAAAAUGCAUCCUUUGUGUGUGCAAUCAAUAUGCUAAAGGUAUUAUUACAUCAUAUUUGGGGAAGUACAAAAGUAUUACCUAGCUAG